AUGGAACAGCAGCUCACGAAACAAGUGCGCUUGCAACGCUCGAUCGAGCGCACAAUCGAGAACGCGAAGAAGGUCGGCAAGGGCAACCUGACUCCCGCUAAACUGCGUUCAAGAAUCAAUUCCCUCAAGGAUAUUUGGGCGCAGUACCAGGAAGGACACGAUUUACUAUCCCGAGCUGUACCCUCAACCACCAAGGCCUCGCUCGACUACUUCAAAGACGAACACUACGAUGCAACGGAGGACGCCUUCAAUGCUGCAUCUGACUUUCUCGCUGAUCUCCUCGAAGAGUUGGAACCUUUUACAUUACUAGACAAGGUCAACAUCGCGGUAGCUUCUCUCACAAGCUUGAAUCGUUCUCCCGAACAAUUAUGGAACGAUGUACUAGUGCAUUCGGUUGUUUCGAAGCUCGAUUCGAUAACGCGAAAGGCUUGGAACAUUCGCUCAAGCGAUGCUGAAUCGCCUCCCUCAUUCGACGAGCUCAGUCGUUUCUUGCACUCACGCGUUCGCGCUCUCGAAGCAAAUAUCCCAACUGGGCCGUCAAAGGUACCAACCAAGGCGUUCCCAACGUCAAAGGUUCAUGUCGCAACCACCGCUCCGAACGAGUCGUCAACGUGUCCACUCUAUAUCGCCAAGAUGUAUCGACAAAUUCAAAUCGACCCUCGCGACAUAAACUAUCAAACCAUUGUUUGGAGAGCGUCUCCGUCAGCACCGAUCUGCGAAUAUCACUUGUUCACUGUAACGUAUGGCAUGGCCUGCGCGCCGUUUCUAGCGCUUCGCGUUUUAAAACAGCUCGUCGAUGACGAAGGCGCAGAUUUUCCUCUCGCGAUUCCGAUUCUUCGCAACAAUAUCUACGUCGAUGACCUGCUUUUCGGAGCAGAUGAUGCCAACAGUCUAACACAAACUCGUGAUCAACUGGUUGCUCUUCUUCGUCGCGGAGGAUUUCAAUUACGGAAAUGGUCAAGUAAUUCAUCCGCUUUGUUAGCCGACAUCGAUCCAACUGAUCACGGGUUAGCAUGUAGUCGAAUUCUUUCAACUGAUGACCGCGUUAACAUUCUCGGUGUCACGUGGACUCCAGCGUCGAAUACGUUGGAAUUUCAAGUUCAUACCUCGACGGAUAUUCCAAGUACUAAACGUUCCAUUUUGUCUACCAUCGCGAAGCUCUACGAUCCCUUAGGAUUAGUCACUCCGGUAACCAUUACUGCGAAAAUAUUUAUGCAAGAAUUGUGGCGGUUAAAGGUCGGAUGGGACGACACGCUUCCGGAGAGCAUGUUCGAAAAAUGGCGAAAAUUCUAUGCGAAGUUGCCAGUUCUAAGUGGACUCACCAUUAAACGCUGGACCGGAUUCACGAAUGACGCAACUCAAAUAGAGUUACACGGAUUCGCGGAUGCCUCCGCUUCCGCGUACGCCUCGGUCGUGUACCUCAAAGUCACUAACUCGAAGCAAUCCAUCAUAACUCUUUUAACGGGCAAAUCUAAGGUCGCUCCGUUAACCGCGCUUAAUAUACCACGCUUAGAAUUGAACGCCGCUCUCCUUCUCGUACGGUUGCUCGAAUUCGUGCGAGAAUCACUCGAUCUUGCUUCAUUUCCUUGCUACUGCUGGACGGAUUCCACUGUAGUUCUCGCAUGGAUCCAACAACAUCCCUCACGUUGGAAACAGUUCGUCGCGAAUCGCGUUCACGAGAUUCAAUCGCGCAUUCCGGACGCUAAAUGGAUGCACGUAUCCUCCAACGACAAUCCCGCCGAUUGCGCGUCGCGUGGUUGCUCCGGCGACGAGAUCAUCAACAUGACGCUGUGGUGGAAAGGCCCGUCGUGGCUCAUGAAAUCUCAAGCCUCUUGGCCGAUUCAAAAGUCUCUCACGUCAAGUGACAUGUCGCUUGAACAAAGGACUGUCUCGUUGCAAUGCUCUCCAUCCUCGGAACCAUGGGAUCUGGCCUCGCGAUAUUCAUCAUGGCCCAAGCUCCUCCGGGUGACCGCAUACCUUUUUAAGUUCACGGACCUAUGUCACCAGGUUAAUAAGACACAUCCUUCCGAAGGAUUUCCGCGCUCUGCUUUGACCCCUGAUGAAUGUUGUCGCGCUAGAACAUUCUGGCUCAAGCAAAUUCAAGCCGAUGUCUUUCCGCUGGAGAUUCAAGCGCUCUCCAGGAACCAAAGUAUACCCGCUAAGAGCUCACUUACACCUCUUCAACCAAUGCUAGAUCACCACGGACUCCUUCGUGUGGACGGUUAA